AAUUUGACCUUCUGGACUUCGGGGUCGGAUGAGGGCUGCGAAUCUGUUUUCGGAUUCUGUUCAGCCAAAAGGUUGUUCCGCGGCGAGGCCCAGUGGCUGCCCGGACAGCCGGACAACGCUCGAGGAAAAGAAAACUACGUUGCGGUCCAUAUUUUCCGCGAAAAGAGACAAGUUCUGCUCGCUGAUUACGAAGGACAGAUGAAAUUCAGAUACAUUUGUGAGAAAUUAGGCAACCCUCAGUCGAAGAGUGGAAAGCAAGCGAUGGUGGACGAAUGUUCAAUUAUUUUCAAUGUCAACUCCACCGAAAUUGACUUGCUGCGAAAUAUGACAAAAUUUGACUUACGGAUCAAGUGUUUUUUGCAAUGUGUUGGAGACGCUGUCGGCCUGCUGGUUGGCGGGAAUUUUGUGGCGAGCGAGGUUUUCGCAAUGCUUGAGAGUAUGAAUCUGAAAAACGCGGACGAGCUGAUGAAAAACAUGGCCAUCGUGGACGAGUGCAACAAUAAAACUUUGGGAAUGGACGAGUGCGACAAGGCGUACCAGUUGACCAAGUGCGCCAGGGACAAGUCGCCGGAGGUUUUUGACCAAAUGAUCAAGGACUUGGAUAAAAAGGAGUCAGACAAUGAUGAACUGGUUUCUAAGUCGUAUGGAUGUGGUAAUUCGUCAAACUGCACCAUUGACGUAGUUGCAAGGGACAAUCUGACCUCGUUGAAUCUGAAUGCUUCAACUUGCGUCAACUACAUUAACGGAGAUUGGGUUUGCAAAUGCAGUAAUUUGAAGGUGUACUAUAUGAAGUAUCAAUUUGGUUUUUACUACGAUUACCUAGAAGCAGUAAAGUUUUGUUGCGAGCGCGGGAUGCUAUUGAUGAGAACGUCCAAUUUUUUUGCAGCUGCAAAAUGCAUGCAGGCGGCGGGAAUUGCAAAUGUUAUUAAUCAUCCGUUCUCAAAUCGCUUUUGGACAAUGACAAACUCUCUCGUCGUUGACGUGACGAGCGGAUUCAGCUAUGAUUGUGAAACGCAAACAGAUUAUCUGCCGCAAAAUCUUAAUCCCGGUUUCCAAAUGAGUUAUGAUCCAAAAGGCGCGUAUGAUGGUAGCACGCAGAACAUGCAUGUUUACCUUGACUAUGCGGCGCCGCCGAAGUUCAAAUUUUCUCCUGCAAACUCCAAACAAUCUUUCAUGUGCGAAGGGAUUUUUUAAUU